AUGAUCAUAUUUAUGACAGGGUUACCUCAUCACCUAUAUACAGUACUGAAAAGUCGAAAUCCCAGUACAUUGGAACAAUGUUUCAAAACGGCGAUCGAUGAGAUGCUCAAAUAUGAGUCAAAAGUAGAAAUGGACAAAUUGCAGAGACAAAUUGGUAAUGGAAAACAGGCAGACGUCAAUAACGAGGAAAAACGACAAAAUGGUGGUAAUGCAAAUAACGCAGUUAAUCGCGGAGGAAACAGUAAUUCAAAUCAAAGCAAUAGAAAUAAUAAUUUCAACGGGUAUAACAACAGAUAUGUUAAUCACAACAACCGCAAUAAUUAUGGGAAUAACAAUCAGAGCGGAUAUGGCUCACACAUGGUUAAUCGCGGCGGUUAUCGAGGCGGAAACGGCUAUGGACGGAAUUUCAAUACCAAUAAUGUACAACAAAAUAAUAUUAACCGAGGCACCGGAUGCUACACUUGUGGCAGAUCUAAUCACAUAGCACGAGAUUGCUGGAGCAAUCGACCUAAUGCGCAACAAAAUACGUAUAACAAUAAUCGUGUAAACGACACGCGCAAUGCGAACAACAACAAUAAUGUUCGUAGGGACAAUAACAAUACUCAGGCCGUACUUUGCAGUCAAAAAAACGAAAGAAGCACGUCGGGAAACGCCAACGGACCAUCACCAGUGGGAGUCAGAUUGGUCCAAGAAAUAGUUCAAGACCCACACACAGGAUUUUCCACAUCACAGCAAAAUUAA